AUGCUUUGUAACACGUUUUCCAUCCAAGGCGCCGAAGGACAGACCCUCUGUGUCACACAGACCUGCCAGGUCGAGUCAGCUCACAGGCCUGAUGGGAUAGACAGCGCCUCGGACCUGCCGCUGGCUCCUCUCAGCUGUGAAACACUGAAAUGCGGGAACUGUGGUGAAGUUUCUGAGAAAUGGCAGUAUCUGCGAUUGAUGGACAGUGCUCCCCUGAAAGGAGGCAGAGGAAGCGCCACUAUGGUGCAGAAAUGCAAGCUGUGCUCCAGGGAGAACUCCAUUGAUAUUUUAAGUCAGACAAUCAAGCCUUACAAUUGCCGAGGUCUGGAACCAGUUGACUUUCAACCACAGGCAGGGUUUGCUGCUGAAGGUGCAGAAUCUGGCACACCUUUCAAUGACAUAAACUUAUUAGAAAAGGAUUGGAAUGACUAUGAUGAAAAAACAAAGGAAUCUGUUGGAAUCUAUGAAGUUACCCAUAAAUUUGUAAAAUGCUAA